GCAGAUUCACAAUUCAGCUCAACACCACCAUGCACCCGGAAAUAAAUGGAGCUCCAACAAGUAGAGAGGAUUCACUUAAGGCUAGAGGAGGAACUCAGACAAGCUACUAAAAGCGAGAAAGAUAUUAGAGAUAGAAGUGUUAGACUAGAGGGUAGGGAGGCAAACAAGGUUGCACUAGAGGGGUUAGAUGACUCGACUCUUAGCAAUAAUGAAACGAUUAUGAAGGCAAGCAUCAUGUCCAUGUACGCAUACAUGGACAGCAACAUGGAUACCAUCCAGGACACCUUAGACCAGAUCCUAAAUGCCAUGCAUAGGCCAGGAAUCAGGCCGGCAGUCUUGCAUUCGCUGCCAUUCUCAGCGACGAUAAGCCCCUAUGCCGCUCAGUCCGGACCACCUCCAAGUGGUACAUCAGCAGCGGCCCGAUCUCAUACUGUUGCUUCUUCAUCGUCUGGUCCAGUGACUGGUGUUACACCACAGUCGUCACCUGUCUCGCCAACGGGACAACAAUUUCCUUGGUAUCCCAAGACCCCUCUGAAACCACCUCCAACCUUCUCAGGAGACAAGAAGGACGAGGCUCUCAACAUGUGGUUGAGAACGGUUUCAGUGUGGGUGAGGGCAAAGAGGACAUUGGUAGAGGAGGAAGUGAUUACUGUUGCAUCCUACUUAGAGGGUUCAACAACUCGCUGGCUAAAUAGAUUGGUAGCUUCAAAGGGGUUCGGCAGGAACAUGGGUGAUUCGGCGCAGACCCACACCCUAGAGAGCUUUAUGGACUUAGUGGAAGCACGGUGGCACAAUCCUCAGCAGGCACAGAUUGCCACUGAUGGAUUAUUAAAGCUUGAUGCUAGGAAGUACAAGUCAGUGCGAGAGCUUACCACAACCGUAGAGCGCCUGAUCGUUGUCCUAGGAGUGGAGUACAAUCCACAGGUCUUGUUGACCACAUUUUUGAGAUGUCUUCCCACAAACAUCAAGAACUUACUGGUCAGUGAGGCUCGUAGAGAGUAUCACACCUUUGAGACAUUCAACAAGAAGGCCCUAGACUUAGAGGCUACGCUGGGUAGUGCUCAAACCCCUUCUACGGACGGGAGAAAGAAGAAGACUCCACAAGAAUGGAAGAAGAAGGAUGAUCGAUUGAUGAUGGUUGAUUUCGAAGGGAAUCAAACUGAAAUCGAUGAUGUUUCUGAACUUGUGGAGGGUUCAGAGUUAGACGGCGAGGAGAGUGCUGAGGGUAGCAACCUCGCCGCAGUAGUUAAAACUAAGGUAGCAGGCCGCGACAAGGGCGUAUGCACCUUCUCCUACCCAGGAGGAGAGAUAAACCAUAAGAUAUCAUUCCUAGUGAGCGACGAGUUGCCUUUUGACAUGUUAUUGGGCAUGUACUACCUCGAGGUUGGCAAGCCCCAGUUCGACUGGGACAAGAAGGUGUUGAAGCACGAGUUGCCUAAUGGGAGGACCAUUAGACUGGCCAAGUAUAAAGCCAGUAGGUUAAUAGAUUCCUAUGGGUGCUUAUGCGCAUCUGCCUCCUAUAACUACUAUAAACAGAACCAAGAGGAAGGAAUGUACUUAGUCUAUGUCCCUGCAAAAGGGGAGCCCGUUAAAACACCCCCAGAGAUAGAGACAAUCGUUGCUGAGUACCCUGAUCUGUUCGAGGAGCCCUCAGGAGUCGUAGACAGGGAGGUUAUCCAUGCCAUAGAGAUUAUCCCAGGUGGUAAGACACCUAAAGGGAGAAUCUAUAGGAUGACUCCGACCGAGUUGGACGAGCUCCGUCGACAACUGAAAGAGCUCACAAAAAAGGGUUGGAUUCGGCCUAGCGCUUCCCCCUUUGGCUCACCAGUUCUGUUUGUUCCAAAGAAAGGGGGAACACUAACGAUGUGCAUUGAUUAUAGAGGCCUCAAUGCCAUCAUCGUUAAGAACGCAGAGCCUCUACCACGCAUCGACGACCUAUUGGAUAGGGUGCAGGGAUAUUACCUGGGUGCUCUGAUUUCUGAGUUUGGCCUAUCUGAGGACGUGACUCGAUCUUUGGAGGAAGCCUACAAGGAAGAUCCCAUCACGAUGGACAUCAUCAACAAACUACAGGCCAAAGACAAGGCUACCACUUACAAGUUUGUGAUGGUGGAUGGAUUACUCUUUCUUGGAAAGGCAGGGUACAAAAGGACUGAACAUGUCAUCAAGUUAUUCAUGGAUAGCUGGGUGCGUGAUUUUGGACUGCCAAAGACAAUCGUUAGUGAUAGAGAUGUACGAUUCACAAGCGAGAUGUGGAAGAAGGCCGCUGAACAGAUGGGCAGCCAGCUGCAGAUGACUUCUGGGAAUCAUCCCGAAGCAAAUGGGCGGGCUGAACAGAUGAACCGUGUGGUGCAGCAUCUGCUCAUGCAUUACAUUAAGCCCAGCAAGGACGAUUGGGAUGAGAAAUUACCUCUCAUCGCCAGUCUGUACAACAAUGUUGUACACAGCACCACCGGCGUCAAUCCUAAUCAACUGCAUCUGGGAUGGAAGCCUAUAUCUGCUCUAGACUUCCUCCUGCCUGAAAACCGAACUGCUGCAACUCUUGGAACCAUUGAAUUUGGUGUCCAGUAUGAGAAACUGUUGCAGCAGACCGUCGAACACAUCAAGAAAUCUCUGGAAGCCAUGAUUGCUUCUGAGAACAAGCGUCGYCGACAGUCCACAUUUCAGGUAGGGGAACAUGUCUGGGUCAAGGGUAGUGAGUUGGGACAGGAGUUUGGCAUCUCUAGGAAACUAAUGCCUCAGUAUUUCGGUCACUGGGAAGUCUUAGACAUUGUGGGGAAUGAUUUGAAUGGUCCCUAGUACGUCAUUCGUAUCCCUGGUCACUUACGCACUUACCCUGUUUUUCACACCUCCAAGCUUGCACCUUUC